UUUUGUCUUCCACUUUCGCCGAUUAAAUAAAACCCCAAAACCCAUACUUUCUCAAAAAAUUAAAAAAAAUCAAGCUUUCGAUCACAAACAGAAGAAGAAGGAAAAAGAUUCAAAAGAAAUAAUACCCAGAAGAAAAAAAAGAAGAAGAAGAAGCAUAGGCUAAAUCGCAAUGAGUAAUUGCACAACAAAAGUGGUCGAGUACUUGGAGCCAUUCAUGUCAAAGGAGCUUCUCUACAAGUUCCCAGACAACUCUGCUUUCGAUUUCGACUACACUCAGAGCUCAAUAUGGUCACCUUUGGUUCCUCGAGCUUACACUCCCAUGGAUUUCGACCUCGAUUUGGAUUUCCUCACACCCAAAAAGCUCAACUAUGAUAUGGGUUUUGAAUUGGGUAAACGGAGCAGUCUCAAGAAACUCACUUCCCAUGUCAAGAAGAAGAUCUCCACCACUCCUUUGAAAAUCAAUCUCAGUGCUUGGAAGAGCAAGAAAAAGCACAAGAACUAUAAUAGCAAGAAGAAGAAGAAGAUGAUGAUGAAGAUGAGCUCUGAUUUCUCUCCAACUCCUCCACUCAAAGGGGCUUGCAACCCUGCCGCCAGAAAGAUAUGGAACAAGGUACUCAAAGCUGCCUCAAAACACUUCAAGAAAAAGAAAGACACUGCAACCCAUGUGAGGCUUUCCAACUAUAUGAAAGAUGGAAAUAUUUGAGAAUUUUUACUAUUCUUUACUUUCCUUAUUUUGUUUUAAUUAAUAAUGAUGAUAAUUGUAUUUGUACACUUAAUUAUAUAUAUAAAUUGUAUUUGUACACUAAUAGUGUACCAUUUGUGCCAUUUGUAAUAACAGCUAUAUAAUAAGCUUUUUCGCC